UUUUAAUACAGAGACCACUGAGACCUUUGGAAAACACGUUUGACCAACUAGAGUGCCGAAGUAUAGGAUAUAAAAUGGCUCCACAGUUUUUUCUUGAAAAGGACAUCUUUGACAAGAGCUUUGAUCAGCGUGUGGCAGAGUUCGAAGAGAUCUACCUAGCCAAGUUUGGACACUUCGCUCACCCUCAGAGAGAAGCGGCCCGGAAGAAAGCGGUCGAACUUCUCAACAAAAAUAAAGAGGCACUUGAAGCAAUUGGUAAUGAGAUUGCGAAGAACUGUGAAGAAGGUCUGAAGAAGAUGGGUCCAGUUGCUGCCGCUGAGUUCAUUAAACGGCAAGCACAAAGCCUUGUGGCCCGGCAGGUUCUAAACGCCACUGUUCGGGGUGGCGUAGACCAGUUUGGUCGUCGUAUGGCGGUCGUGGUUGCUGAUGAGUCUAUUCGCUUGGCUGCUGCUCAGUUCGGCGCUAGAGGAGCGGAAGCAGGGGUUCAGGCAGCAGUUGAAGGAGCUGCACCACAGUUUCUCGCUAACGCCGGCAAAAUGGCGAUGUUGGUACCUGGUCUCUCCGCUGCGGUGGGACAAGCUGUCGCCGAGCAUGUAACUGGGCAAAUGGGAAUUGAGAACCACCAUGCCAAGAACUCAAUUGCAGUUGGCGGAGCAGUGGCCGGGGGAGCUGCUGCCGGGGCCGUGAUAGGGGGUCCACCGGGUGCAGCAGUGGGUGCCGUUGUAGGUGUAGCUGGAUGGGGAAUAGGCAAAGUGAUUGAUGCUUCAAUUUCAAGCGGGUUGGGCAUCGUAGGGGGGCCCUCUGAUAAUUGGGCCUAUCUCAAAAUUGGUGAAAUAGACCAGGAGGUUUGCUUUAGUACAUAUAACAAAAGGGAUACAAUGUACUUUAAAUCUUAUUGGAAUGAAUAUAGGAAAAACGACAAAAACGAGUUUCAGAUGUCAGCAGGCCAAGGUCAACGUGAUGACUUUCAGUUGACAGUGUAUAAAGGCAACACAACCAUAGCACAUUUCCAGAAGGUGUACUACAGAGAUAUGAUUUAUGUAGCGAAGAACAAGCAAGGUAAACUGGCUGUGGCACACGGGAAGGGUGAGCUAUGGGAAGGGGAGGCGAGUAAUGUUAUCAUUAAGACUGAUUAAAAUAAUCAAAGCAAUUCUUACAAGUUAA